CGUCCGGGCGGGCGGGCGCAGAGUCCCGCGGGCGGCGCGGAAGCGGCGGCGGCGCGGCCGGGGCAGCCAUGUCGCCAUUGUCUGCGGCGCGGGCGGCCCUGCGGGUCUACGCGGCCGGCGCCGCGGUGAUCCUGGCGCAGCUGCUACGGCGUUGCCGCGGGGGCUUCCUGGAGCCAGGUUUCCCCCGACAACCUGACCGCGUGGCUAUCGUGACGGGAGGGACCGAUGGCAUCGGCUAUUCGACGGCAAAGCAUCUGGCAAGACUCGGCAUGCAUGUUAUCAUAGCUGGAAAUAAUGACAGCAAAGCCAAACAAGUUGUAAGCAAAAUAAAAGAAGAAACCUUGAACGACAAAGUGGAAUUUUUAUACUGUGACCUGGCUUCCAUGAUGUCCAUCCGGCAGUUUGUCCAGAAGUUCAAGAUGAAGAAGAUUCCUCUCCAUGUUCUGAUCAACAAUGCUGGGGUGAUGAUGGUCCCUCAGAGGAAAACCAGAGAUGGAUUCGAAGAACAUUUCGGCCUGAACUACCUGGGGCACUUCCUGCUGACCAACCUUCUCCUGGAUAUGCUGAGAGAGUCCGGGUCCCCUGGCCACAGUGCGAGGGUGGUCACCGUCUCCUCCGCCACCCAUUACGUCGCUGAGCUGAACAUGGACGACCUUCAGAGCAGUGCCUGCUACUCAGCCCACGCAGCGUACGCCCAGAGCAAGCUGGCCCUUGUCCUGUUCACCUACCACCUCCAGCGGCUGCUGGCGGCCGAGGGAAGCCACGUGACCGCCAACGUGGUGGACCCUGGUGUGGUCAACACGGACCUGUACCGGCAUGUGUUCUGGGGCACCCGCCUGGUGAAGAAGCUGUUCAGCUGGUUGCUUUUCAAGACCCCUGAUGAGGGAGCGUGGACUUCCAUCUAUGCAGCGGUCACCCCAGAGCUGGAAGGAGUUGGUGGCCGUUACCUGUACAACGAGAAAGAGACCAAGUCCCUCCACGUCACCUACAACCAGAAACUGCAGCAGCAGCUCUGGUCUAAGAGUUGUGACAUGACUGGGGUCCGUGAUGUGACCCUGUGAUAUCCUGCCUCAGGAUAGUUGCUGUCCCUAGAAACACAUUGCACCUGUCAGUGACUUGUGGGUCUGUGAAGACUGCAGUGUUUUGAGUUUCUCACACCCACCUGCCCACAGGGCUCUGUCCUCUAGUUUUGAGACAGCUGCCUCAACCUCUGCAGAACUUCAAGAAGCCAAAGAAACAUUUUGGGGGAUAAUCAGCCCAGGUGGUCCUCAACCAUAAACCUUGUGAUUCCAAAGUGCCCAGUUAUCACACGUGCCAUAAAUAAUUACAUUAUCCAACA